GGUUGCAGCAUCACGACGAUGACUCCAACUGAGUCCAACUCAGACUCAAGUCUGAGUCAAAAACUCGUUGGCCCAACUCAAAAAGCCGAGUCAAAAGCAUUUGGCAUCUAUUGAGCUGAGCUUCGGCUUAGGGGCUGCUGCUGCCGCUGCUGCGGUAUAAAUUCGCCAAGGGAGAACAUUUGGGCAUCAUUCGCUUUUCUGAUUUUGCAACGAAGACGUCGCUGGCUUCGCUUGUUCCACUCUGCAGUCAAGUCUCGAGUCUCGCGUCUCGUGUGUUCGCCAAACCGGUAAAAAUAAUUGUUCGUGUGCUCUCGUCGUGCAUUUUCCAGUUGUGCGGAAAAACUGUGUGUGAAAAUUCGCAGCAUGCGCCUUUUACUGCCUUUGUUGGCGGCGGUGCUCGCUGCGGUUGGCGUCCAUGCGGAUGUCUCGCAUCUGGACACCGAUCUGCAGGAGGAUGGAUAUCAUUAUAAGCAGCCCUCGCAGCCGUUUCCGCCGCCGCCCACGGGCAAUGGCAUUGAGGACAGCGGCGUGAUACCCGGACCGGCUCCUUCGGCGCCGGCGCCUUCGUACGGACCGCCACAGACGCAGCCGCCGCGACCACAGCCGCAACCUGUUCCCACGGCUCCGUCCCCUUCAUACGGGCCACCUCAGACGCAGCCGCCGCGACCACAGCCACAACCGAUACCCACCGCACCCGGACCAUCUUAUGGACCGCCGCAAACGCAGCCACCGCGUCCUCAGCCCACGGCUCCGGCUCCUUCAUACGGUCCGCCACAAACUCAACCGCCACGACCGCAGCCACAACCGCAGCCGCAGCCCACAGCUCCCGGACCUUCCUAUGGACCACCGCAGACUCAACCACCGCGUCCGCAGCCGCAGCCGCAGCCACAGCCCUCAGCUCCUGGACCUUCUUAUGGACCACCCCAGACUCCGCCGUCGCCAGCUGGUCCGGAAUACUUGCCGCCCGAUCAGCCGCAGCAGCCCAAGCCGCGCCCCGUUCCCCAACGUCCAACUCCACCAGCACCCCAGCCUUCGUAUGGCCCGCCACCAACGCAGCCACAACCGCAGCCACCACGUCCCCAGCCUCCUAGUCCUCCGGCACCGCGUCCACAGCAGCCGGCCGCAGAGUAUUUGCCGCCUGCUGGUCCUUCCGCACCGCCCACCUAUCAGCCACGCCCUCCACAACCACCAGCUGGACCACCAGCUGGACCGCCCACCUAUCAGCCACGUCCGCCAGCACCGCCUGCACCACCAGCACCUACUCCCGGCUAUGUGCCACCACCUGCACAGCCUACUUACCAGCCUCGUCCACCACCACCAGCUGGCCCGCCAGCACCGCCGACAUACCAGCCACGGCCACAGCAACCACCGGCUCCUCCGGCACCUACUCAAAGCUAUGGUCCUCCUCCUUCUAGUCCGCCCGCACCGCCCACCUACCAGCCACGCCCUCCAGCACCACCCGCACCGCCAGCACCGACCUCUGAGUAUGGACCACCGCCCUCUAGCCCACCCGCACCGCCCACCUAUCAGCCGCGCCCACCCUCACCGCCUGGCCCACCCGCGCAAUCCUAUCCAGAGCCACAGCCGACGGAUGCCGGCUCGUUGGGUCCGGAUGGCUACAACUACAACAAACCCGCCAAUCCGUUUACCUACUAAACACAAAGUAUUCUAAGCCUAAAACAGCCCAAAACAAUUUUGGAACAGUUGCUGCCAAUCCUCCCUCCCCCACGUACCCGCCGGAGUUUUAGGGUACAUUUUAAAGAAACCUUUGUAAUGAAACGUUUCCAAAUAAAGUAAAAUCUACACCAAAAACAAA